CUGAACAGGGACCGGUCCAGACCUCCAGACCUCAGAGCUGGUCCGGGUCCAUCAGACACAAAAGGGAGGAAGAGGAGUGGUGUCUGGGAGGAGCAGCAGCUGUCCAGCUGUGCUUUGUGUCAGGACGUCCUGAAGGAUCCAGUCUCUACCAGCUGUGGACACUGGUUCUGCAGACAGUGCAGUGGCUCAUACUGGGACCAGUCUGACUCAUCAGUGGACCCCCCCUGUCCCCAGUGUGGAGAAAGAACCAGGACUGUUGCAGCAGCCAAUCAGAUCCCUCCUGCAUGCGUGGACAGGCUGACAGAGCAUCCUGUGAAGAAGCUGCUCAGUCAGCUGCUCCCUCUGUCAGAGUCCGUCCAGUCAGAGGAGCAAGCGGCUGGUCCACCACCACCAGGGCCCCCAGAGUUGGUAUGUCCUCCAUGGACUGAGCCCCUUCUGUCCUGA